AUGGCCGAAGCGCCCCAGGUGGUGGAGAUCGACCCGGACUUCGAGCCGCUGCCCCGGCCGCGCUCGUGCACCUGGCCGCUACCCAGGCCGGAGUUUAGCCAGUCCAACUCGGCCACCUCCAGCCCGGCGCCGUCGGGCGGCGCGGCCGCGAACCCCGACGCCGCCGCGGGCCUGCCCUCGGCCUCGGCGUCCGCUGUCAGCGCCGACUUCAUGAGCAACCUGAGCCUGUUGGAGGAGAGCGGGGACUUCCAGCAGGCGCCCGGCUCCGUGGCGGCGGCGGCGGCGGCGGCGGCCGCGGUGGCGGCGGCCGGGGGCCUGUGCGGGGACUUCCAGGGCCCGGAGGCGGGCUGCCUGCACCCGGCGCCGCCGCAACCCCCACCGCCCGGGCCGCUGUCGCAGCACCCGCCCGUGCCCCCCGCCGCCGCCGGGCCGCUAGCGGGGCAGCCGCGCAAGAGCAGCUCGUCCCGCCGCAACGCGUGGGGCAACCUGUCCUACGCCGACCUCAUCACUAAGGCCAUCGAGAGCUCGGCCGAGAAGCGGCUCACGCUGUCGCAGAUCUACGAGUGGAUGGUCAAGAGCGUUCCCUACUUCAAGGAUAAGGGCGACAGCAACAGCUCGGCUGGCUGGAAGAAUUCAAUUCGUCAUAAUCUGUCCCUACACAGCAAGUUUAUUCGAGUGCAGAAUGAAGGAACUGGAAAAAGUUCCUGGUGGAUGCUUAAUCCAGAGGGAGGCAAGAGUGGGAAAUCCCCCAGGAGAAGAGCCGCCUCCAUGGACAACAACAGUAAAUUUGCUAAGAGCCGAGGCCGAGCUGCCAAGAAAAAAGCAUCCCUCCAAUCUGGCCAGGAGGGUGCCGGGGACAGCCCAGGAUCUCAGUUUUCUAAGUGGCCUGCAAGCCCUGGCUCUCACAGCAAUGAUGACUUUGAUAACUGGAGUACAUUUCGCCCUCGAACUAGCUCGAAUGCUAGUACUAUUAGUGGGAGACUUUCUCCCAUUAUGACUGAACAGGAUGAUCUUGGAGACGGGGAUGUGCAUUCUAUGGUGUACCCACCGUCUGCUGCAAAGAUGGCUUCUACCCUGCCCAGUCUGUCUGAGAUAAGCAGUCCUGAGAACAUGGAAAACCUUUUGGAUAAUCUCAACCUUCUCUCAUCACCAACGUCAUUAACUGUUUCAACCCAGUCUUCACCGGGCGCCAUGAUGCAGCAGACACCGUGCUACUCAUUUGCGCCGCCGAACACCAGUCUGAAUUCACCCAGCCCAAACUACCAAAAAUACACGUACGGCCAGUCCAGCAUGAGCCCUUUGCCCCAGAUGCCUAUGCAGACGCUUCAGGACAGCAAAUCGACUUAUGGCGGCAUGAGUCGGUAUAACUGCGCGCCGGGGCUCCUGAAGGAGUUACUUACGUCCGACUCGCCUCCCCAUGAUGACAUUAUGGCGCCAGUUGAUCCUGGGGUGGCCCCACCCAGCAGCCGAGUCCUUGGCCAGAAUGUGUUGAUGGGCCCCAAUUCGGUCAUGCCAGCCUACGGCAGCCAGGCAUCUCAUAACAAAAUGAUGAACCCCAGCUCCCACAGCCACCCUGGACACGCUCAGUCGACGUCUGCGGUUAACGGGCGUGCCUUGCCCCACGCGGUGAACACCAUGCCCCACACCUCGGGUCUGAGCCGCUUGGCCCCAGCGAAGACAGCUUUACAAGUGCCUCUGCCCCACCCCAUGCAGAUGAGUGCCCUGGGGGGCUACUCCUCCGUGAGCAGCUGCAACGGCUACGGCAGGAUGGGCAUUCUCCACCAGGAGAAGCUCCCCAGUGACUUGGACGGCGUGUUUAUCGAGCGCUUGGACUGUGACAUGGAGUCCAUCAUCCGGAACGACCUCAUGGAUGGAGAUACGUUGGAUUUUAACUUCGACAGUGUGUUGCCCAACCAAAGCUUCCCACACGGUGUCAAGACGACGACACACAGCUGGGUGUCAGGCUGA